AAGAGCAAGGAGAAACAUGUGAGCGCUUUGAGGAUCUAGGGAGACAACUUUGUGCUUACUUUUUUGACCAAAUGCACCAACCACUGUGCUAAUACGGAAUUUACUACAGAGGGAACGACACUAACUCUGCUCAUAGCAAUUCAGUGUUUGUUUGUUUUUGGUUUGUAUACUAGAUGAUGGUUUUUAAAAUAUUUUUUGUACUGCCAUUAUAAUCAGCACUUCUAUUAAUUUAUGUGUUACUGUUUUUAUUUACAAAUAGUGUUGAUGCACAGACAUUAUAUAAGUACAAGUUGCCAACACCUGUAGAGAUUUUGAAUAUAUAAUCUCUUUAGUGGCAGGAUUACUGCAUUUCUUGGUCAGUGGUCCAAAUUCGUUUUGUUUGGAACAUUACGUUUAAUAUGAAGCAUUUGAAAAUUGUGCUGAUGUUGGCUAUAGCGGUCAAUGUGUGGGAAUGUGGAGAUGCAAAAUUCGGCGAGAAGGGAGAAAUUAGCCCAAGAAGACGGAGAUGUUAUGAUGGAAGCAUGCCUAAGCGACUGAAGAAAAGGGAAAGAAAACUGUCACUGGACAGCGGCAGUAGCAGCGGAGAAGUUUGUCACAGGUUGUACCCUCGUGGGUCCUGCUGUCCCACCAGGCGAGCUGCCUAUCAGAUCCUCCACCGGCGCGACGCCAGGAUCUUCUCUACCAAUAAUACAGACUGUGGCCGGCUCCUGGAGGAGAUCAAGUGUGCACGCUGCUCACCCGACGCCCAGAUGCUGUUCCACACACCUGAAUCGGAAAAGACUGCCCUUAGGGAGCCUGACCUCCCACGUCUGUGCCAGGACUACUGCCGCAAGUUCUACUAUACCUGCCGAGGACACAUACCAGAGCUAUUCCAAGCUGAUGCGGAUGAGUUCUGCCAGUACUAUGGGAGGAGGGACGGCGGCUUGUGCUUCCCAGACUUUCAGCGAAAGCAACCGAGGGGCCAAGACUCCAACUACUUGGGAGAUGAGAAGCUAGAAGACAAUAGUCUCCGGUCGCCCAAGAAGCACAAGCACAACUGCUACUGCGCCGAGGAGGUGCUGAGUGGGCUGCGGCAGCCUGUGGACGUGGUCCACUGUGGGGACGGCUCCCAGCGCCUCUUCGUGCUGGAGCGGGAGGGCUUCGUACGCGUGCUCACCCACCGCAUGGAGCUGCUGAAGGAGCCCUUCCUGGACAUCCACAAGGUGGUGCAGAGCGGCCUGAAGGGCGGUGAUGAAAGAGGCCUGCUAAGCCUGGCAUUCCACCCCAAUUACAAGAAGAACGGCAAGCUCUACGUCUCCUACACCACCAACCAGGAACGCUGGGCCAGCGGACCGCACGACCACAUUCUCCGUGUGGUCGAGUACACUGUCUCCAGGAAGAACCCCAACCAGGUGGACACUAGGACGGUGCACGUGCUGAUGGAAGUGGCGGAGCUCCACAGGAAGCAUCUGGGAGGACAACUGCUGUUUGCUCCCAAUGGGCUGCUGCACAUCGUCCUGGGAGACGGCAUGAUCACGCUGGAUGACAUGGAGGAGAUGGACGGCCUCAGUGAUUUCACCGGGUCAAUUCUGAGGGUUGACGUGGACACGGAUGUCUGUACGGCCCCUUACUCCAUACCCAGGAACAACCCGUACUUCAACAGCACUAACCAGCCACCGGAAAUCUUCGCUCACGGGCUGCACGACCCAGGCAGGUGCGCCAUUGAUCGGGAUCACGUAGACGGCAAUGGCAGCCUGCUGAUUCUCUGUACCGACGCCAGCGGGAACAAUGCCUCAGCAGGGAGGAUACUGGAGAUGGCCAAGGGGAGAGACUAUGAAAACGAGCCCUCCAUCUUCGACCUGCAGGCCAGCGCUGGCGGCGUCCCCGUGGGGGGUUUCUUCUACAGCGGUUGCCAGUCCCGACGCCUCCACAGGAAUUAUGUGUUCGGAGACAAAAACGGGAACCUGCGAAUCCUCCAAAAGUCGUUGACGGCGUCCGGGCAACAGCUCUGGGAGGAGAAGGCUCUGUGUCUGGGCAGCAGCAGCUCCUGUGGCUCCACCCUGGUGGGCCACAUCCAGGGCUUUGGAGAGGACGAACUAGGUGAGGUCUACAUCCUGGCCAACAGUAAAAGCAUGGCCCAAUCACACAGCGGGAAGCUCUACAAGCUGGUGGACCCCAAAAGACCCCAGGUCCCUAAAGAGUGCCAGAGGCAGGUGGAGCCCCCGGAGCUGCUGGGCACGGCGUGCUCCAGGCAGUGUAAGAACGGACACUGCACCCCCACCGGGAAGUGCUGCUGCGCCCGUGGCUGGGAAGGGCCCUUCUGCAGAGUGGCCAAGUGUGAGCCCGGCUGUCGCAACGGAGGCGUGUGCGUGGAGCCCAAUAAGUGCCUGUGCAAGAGGGGCUACUCCGGCGCCCAGUGUGAGAAGGGAGAGCCGGGCCUGCCCAACGACCAGGACAAGGACGGCAUCCUGGACCACCUCAUCGACAUGACCUCCUACCUGCUGGACCUGACCAGCUACAUCGUAUAGGGGCACGGGAAGGGGUCCAGCCCCCCUGCCCACCAGUAGACUCAGAGUACACCAACCCCCCCCCCCCCUCAUCCAUCUCCACCCAGCCAGCCUCCCCCAGAGAGGGUUUCUUUAAUCCUUACCCGCUCUGACUCGCACACGUUGACACUCCAACACUCCUCAGACGCCGCCUGUCCUCGGACGGCUCGUCGACAUCGCGUCGCCACCCCGGCUCUGCCCCCUCCUUACGCCCAUAAGCUACUAGGUCUUGAGCCGUAAGGCUGCACUUCGUAAGCCCUGCAGACAGGAACAGAAGGGAGAUGGUGAGUGCAGUCCAAAUAUGGUCGUCAGUCUCAGGUCUCAACUCAGACCCCCAGCAGAUAUCCUCGGUAUUAGAACUCCAAACCUUGCUAAGCUUCAGUGGAGACCCCGUACAUUCUGUUGAAUAGGACCGGACAUUUUUGGCCACCAGUUUGACAUCUCUGGGGUGUCAGUUGCAGUGCAGGUGGGAACUCCAAAAUGGGGUCAACAGGAACAGUAACACACCGCAAGGCAAGUUGAUGCCAAGGCUGAAGACCCACAAUACACUUUGUGUCUAUUGAAAAACCUCAACAUGAUCCUAACAGUCUACAUACAGGAAUGUGCUUUAUUAUCGAAAACCAAGCUGAAAACUAUGAUAAUCCUAUGUACCAUCUCUGAACUAUUGUAUAACAAGAAAGAGCUAGUACUGUUAUUGUGUUCCAGAAGAUUUGCAGUUGCGUGAGUUAUUUUACUGUCCCACCACUCAUUUGAGGUCAUAUACCUUAGAUAAACCAUUGCCAGUUUUAUAUACUCAAAAUGGAGACCUAAGCUUCACGCACUAUUACCUAUGGUCAUAAUUUUAUUUCAUUUUCAAGUGCAAAUUGUUUCAUUAUGGGGAGAAUGCUCUGCAACACCAGUGAUAUUGUCACUCAACCACAUUGACACAAAGCUCACUUUAUUUCUCACUGAAUAAACACACACUCAUAACUCGCUACACUCAACUCCAGUUGUUUAAAUAAAGGGAAAGAGUAUAGUGAUGUAUAUUUCAUAUAGAGCUGAACUAAGUACUACUUAGCCUUGCGAAAUAAUAUAGCAUUACUAUUGUUUUGAUAGAGGAGGGUUUAUUUUUUUAAGCGUAAUAAUAUAUGGGAGAGAAGGGGUGUUUAUAGAAGUGGUUUUACAUUAAGCUUGUAAAUUCAUGUCAUUACAUUUUUAUCUUUUUUCCCGCCUACACGUAUGCAGUGUUUUUUUCCUCACCCUGUUUUGAAAGGAUCGCAAUGACACGUGUGUUUUGCAGUUAACGUAGCGCAUGUCCAGACCCGCGUAUAGGACACGGAGACUUAAACACCCCCUCCCUCUCCGCGUCAAAUUCCCCUUGUGACAUUCUGCCUCAUAACGACUGUCGGACCUUUGUCUCCGUUUCGAGAGCGAUCAAAGGUAAAGUUAGACCACCACCACUGAAAACGGUGCCCAGUCAGUCCCGGGUCGGUCGGUGUAGGUCAAAUUAAAGAUUAGGUUUCUGAAGAUCUACCUAAUGCAGGGUGACACAGAUGAAAAAGAAGGGAGACAUGUCAAGUUUGAUUUUCUUCCCUCCACUUUUGUUGAUCUGUAUCAAAUGGAGAAAAAAAAGGCAAGAACACUGAACUCAUCACAAAACCUAGAUCAAAAGUGUCUCCAGCCAGCCAAAUGACAAUUAAACUCAGACUGCAAAGUUAUCUGGAGCUCAAUCAAUGUAUUGUUUUUCUCUCAGUGAACUGUAUAAACACACGCACACAAUAGUCAAUGUUCAUGAAAAUCAGGAACCAACAACCAAAUUAUAUAUUAAUCCUGACAUAACUUGCCAGCUAAGUCUGGUGUCUCAGAUUUAACAACAACAAAAAACUCAAACUCUUGCAUCUUGUGCCAUUGUGUCUCAGGGCCUGUUCCCCACACAUAUCAGAAUGUGAACUUUUGUACGAUUAGUUCCCAUUCUGAUCAUGGUUUCUGACACGUGUCCCAGUUCACUCAGUUUGUUUGUCACUGAUUUUAAAGUUUGUCCUCAACCUUAUGCCUCGUUUGUGCUUUUUAAAAAUCAACUCUACCUGGAAUAGCAAGUCACAAUGAAUUCAUGCUGUAAAGUUGAUACUAUAAUUUUUUAGCACUUAAUGUGAAAGUUGCAUUGUAGCUGCUGAGACAGCAUGGUGUGAAUAGCCUAACCUUUUUUCAUUAUUUAAGUAGUUACGCAAAUAGAAAAUAAGAAGUUAUUUAAGUUCUCUACGUUGUUUUUACCACUGUAUGUGAUGAUUUUUUUGGAUCAUGUAUUGUAUCUGUAAAUAAAACUAGGCCUAUCUUUG